GUGGGAGACACUCUUCGGAAGUUUGCUUGUUGGAAUAAAAGUGUUUUCAGAAAAAAAAUAAAAUAAAGUAAAAGAAAAUGUCCAGAAAAAUGGAUGAUGAACAUGUACAAAUGCUAAGAAGAGUUUUUUCAAUGUUUGAUUCAACAAAAUCUGGAAAAAUAGAUAAAGAAAAAGUACGAUCUAUUUUAAUGACAGUAGGUCACAUCUUUGAUGAUCAAGAGCUCGAAAUACUUUUGGAGAAAGAAGACGUCGACGGUAGUGGAGUACUGAGCUUUGACUCAUUUUACCGUGUGGCGACUCAUUUUCAAGAUGAAGAUGACGACGAAGCACUACAAAAAGAACUAAAAGAAGCUUUCCGUCUUUACGACAAAGAGGGAAAUGGAUAUAUACCGACGAGUUCAUUGCGUGAAAUUCUGGCUGCUUUGGACGAUCAAAUUACUCCGGAUCAAAUGGAUGGAAUGAUCGGUGAAAUAGAUACCGAUGGUUCGGGCACCGUUGACUUUGAUGAAUUUAUGGAAAUGAUGACUGGCGACUAAAAAUAUUAUGCAGGUUUUACAAUAAAAAACAAAGAAUGUAUAAUAAAAUUAUAAAUUAUAAAACAUCCAGGCUGCCAAGAAAUAAUUUAAUAUUGCAAAAAGAAAUUUUUUUUUAAGAAGAUUUAAAGUUAUAAAUUAUUAAUAAAAAAAAGAAGAGAAGAAGAAUUAAAAUAUGGUUCGAAACGAA